UGUGACGUCAUCGAAACGCGCCACACCGAAAGCUUUCUUGAAGCGCCUUUCAGCUGAACGUUGUGUUUGUUUUUAUUCUGCCAGGCUUUGACUGCAGUUUCCCAACAUGUCUCGUCGAUAUGAUUCACGGACAACCAUCUUCUCACCUGAAGGGCGUCUGUAUCAGGUGGAGUAUGCCAUGGAAGCCAUCGGUCACGCCGGCACCUGUCUGGGAAUUCUAGCCAACGAUGGAGUGCUGCUGGCCGCUGAGAGGAGGAACAUCCACAAGCUGCUGGAUGAAGUGUUCUUCUCUGAGAAAAUCUACAAGCUGAAUGAGGACAUGGCGUGCAGUGUGGCAGGAAUCACAUCAGAUGCAAACGUACUGACCAAUGAGCUGAGGCUCAUAGCACAAAGGUACCUGCUACAGUACCAGGAGCCAAUCCCCUGUGAGCAGCUGGUCACAGCGCUGUGUGACAUCAAACAGGCCUACACCCAGUUUGGAGGAAAGCGUCCCUUUGGAGUGUCUCUGCUCUACAUGGGUUGGGAUAAACACUACGGCUUCCAGCUCUACCAGAGCGACCCCAGUGGAAACUACGGAGGCUGGAAGGCCACCUGCAUCGGGAACAACAGCGCUGCCGCCGUCUCCAUGCUGAAGCAGGACUUCAAGGAGGGAGAGAUGUCUCUUUCCACAGCUCUCGCACUGGCCGUCAAAGUUCUCAACAAAACCAUGGACGUCAGCAAGCUCUCUGCAGAGAAAGUGGAGAUCGCAACUCUGACCCGCGAGAACGGCAAGACCUGCAUAAAAGUGCUGAAGCAGAAGGAGGUCGAGGAGCUGAUCAAGAAGCACGAAGCAGAGGAGGCCAAAGCCGAGAAAGACAAGAAAGAGAAGGAGCAGAAAGAGAAGGACAAGUAGAGAUGCUGCCCUUAAACUGUUUAAGUUUUGUGUGUGAGAAUGAAAGUGAGCUUGUGAGUGACAUGGUAAAAAAAAAAGAAGAGUUUUCAGGUGUUUGUAUGCUUGUUUCUGAAAAUAAAUACAGUUGACAAAU